AUGUCGUUGCAAAUAUACCUUGCACAUACUGGGCAACGUCUGCAGGCAGACCCAAUUUCAUUCGCUUCGCCAGACGCUUUGAAAUCAUGGAUAGCCAACCAAGCAUCAGUCCCAAUAGAUCGUCAAAUUCUCAUCACCGGGCGAGGAAAGAAUGUUCGGCAGCAAAAUCUGCUUACAGAGACGGAGGUCUUCGUCUACGAUAAACAGUAUAUUUCUCCUACCUGCGAUGACCAUCCUCCGGACACACCCUUACCGCAAAUUUUACACCUGCGGGAGCCACCCACGACGUUGGCAAACCAGGCCAGUUUCCAAGCAUGGCGCGACUUGUCCAAGGAUCGGCGAACCUGGGCUGCGGAGCUUGUGGAAUCCGUUGCUCCUUAUCGGGAUAUCACUCGACGGUGUCUGGAGGAAGCAGAUAUCAUUCACCGAGCGUCUUCUCUAGCAUUGAACAAUUUGCAGUCUCAUGUACGAAGUAUCCAGGACAAGUUCGAGGAGACCAAGCUAUGGGCCAAAGCGGCAAGUGACGAUCAUCACAACGUCCUACGAGAUUGGAAGGGAAACCUCCAAAUCUUGGACAGGGUACCAGCAACUCGCGACUUCGCUUUCCUGCUGCAAAGACCAGGUACGCCGACGAAGAAGAAGGCUCAACAUCGAAGUGAGCCGUCCGAUACAAUAACCUUACGCGCCUUCAUCAAUGAAGAGGAGGUUGAGAGAGCUGCUUCUGAGCUCAGUGUUGAUGCUCAUAAAUUCCGCAUCCGGCUGGAGGAACUGGAUGCUACAAUGACAGAUAUCUCUGCUGCCACUCAAGAAGUGGAGAAAGAUAUUCACCGGGGCACGGAGAGCCUGAGUAUUGAAGAGUUUGAAAACCUUUUCGCUGAUGUGGAAACGCUGACUAGAAAGAUCGGCACUGACCAUGAAGACCUUCUUCGACUUCCUGACCAUAAGAAUUCCAUACCGACCGCUUCACGUCGAGCGCUGAUCCAUACACGAGACCUCCUCCCGUCAUUGCAGAGCUUGGCAUCAGAUAUUAGCCACUUUGCCCAUCAGGUAGCGAUCAGGCGAACCUCCUGCCUUCAAGCUUCGACCUUGGCUUUACAGAAUAUCUCAGUCAUUCAGUCAGGGCUUGGGGAUUUCCAGUCACAAGUAAGCAGCCUUGGACUGACGUCAGAAGGCAUGGAUGCCUACGACACCGUCCGUUCUGUAUUUGAUUUACCCGUUGCUUACGGGUCAACCCUGGUGGAGUCAAUCCGUAGGACCGAGUGGACAGAAAGUAUCAAAGCAGAUACAGACCACGUCUCGCAAGAGCUGAAAGUUUACAAGGAAGCUGAACAGCGUCGUAGGCGGAAGUGGAGGAAGAGCAUGGGUUCCCUGAUUAAUGAGAUUUCGGAUAACACUGGCCUUGGUAUUGAUAUCAGUAUCUCAGACUCUGGUAGUCCGUGGCCUUCGAGCAGUCGUCAAGGAGUAUUCGACUAUAUUGAAUCACUGAGAAAUGUCGGGAUUGAUGACGCCGUGCAGCAUGUCACCAACCUGCUGAAAGAGCUUGAGGCCUCAAAGCCACGAAGAAAAGGUGCUCGCGCAUUCACAGGUGGGAGUGUACAUGAUGUGGACGUAGCCAUCGAUAAUAGUUCUGUCCUCUUGGGGGACGAAGACGAUACUAUGAGGAAUUUAAGGAACGAAAAGUCGAGACUGGAAGAUAAAUUGAGGGCGUCUGACAGCCGUGUUCGUAAAUUGGAAGAUCUGCUCCACCGUCAGAGCCAGAUGAAUAGACCAACGAGUAUCAAUUUUGGACCUUCACCUUCGGAGCCUGAGCGUCCCCCUCACUCACCGGUUGGUCUGCCAUCACCGCGUCCGAACGAGUUGAUGUCACGACGGUCUUCCGUUUCAUCACGUCGUCAUUCCUCGAACCAGAAUCCGGAAGAAAGAGUCCUAAUUCAGAGAAUUGUUAGUCUAGAAGCGGACUUGCGAGCUGAACGAGACUCGGCACUUAAACUACAACGUGAAGCACAUGCGGACCGCCGAGCAUCCACGGAGAACCGUGAGAGGAUGAACGAAGCGGAAUCUACAAAACGGGAUCUCCUGGCUAACCUUGAGGCCCAGCGCCAGGAAUUUGAUGACGAACGACAGCUACUUGAAGAUGAGAUGCACAAGCUCAAGAUCCGACUGGAAGAAGUAGAGGACGAGCUUGACCGCGUCCUGGGCAGUCGCGAUCAUCAGAAAAUGACCUCGGAAAAUACCAUCGUUGAGCUACAAGCUGAGCUAGAUCGCCUAAGGAAGUGUACCUCGGAAGAGAUCUCUAAAGCUCAAGGGCAAGCUGAUUUCGUCCGCAACGAUUUUAUGUUCCAACGAGACCGGGCAAACGCUAUUGAAAAGCAGUUGCAGCAAGCAAAGGAGGAAUCUUGGUCAUUACAAGAUCAGAACCUCAAUCUUGCAAAUCAACUACGUGAUCAGGCAGAUGCUCAGCUCGAGCAUGUGUCUUCGCUUCAAGCAGCACACUCGCAUUUAUCACCAGGGGGUCCAGCCUCGGGAGAUCUUGGACGUUUGGCUUCAGCUAUUGAAAUUCUGUCCGAAGGAUUGGCGAUCCAUGCACGCAAUAGCGACGAAGCCGCACAGCUUGCUUCCGCGGAAAAUAAAUCGCUCGAGGAAGAACUCCUACAGACCAAGAGCCAACUCGAGCAGGCAAAGAACCAGCUGGCUACGGAAGAGACAGAAAUAUUCACGUUUCGCGAGAGUCUUGCCCAAGAACGUGGCAAGGUGGCGUCACUACGAAACGAACUGGCAGAUGCCCAGACUGAAUUGAAUAAUCUUCGCACAAAAUUUGCUGCAGGAGAAACGGGAUCAGAAGCCUUGAAAGAUCGCCUCUCGGAAGAGGAGUGUAAAGUAGCUGACCUGACAGAGAGGCUUGCAGUCGCAGACUCGAAUGCGGAAAGCUUCGAGCAGGAAAUCUUAAUAUGGAAAGACAAGGUGCAAAACUUAACUACAGAGGCUAAGCAAUGGAAGGAUCAACUCGAUGCGCGUGGUGUGCGAGCGAAAGACCUAUCUCAACGUUUGCUGUCACACAACGAUCGUAUGGUUCGUAUGCUUGAACAAAUGGGCUAUUCAGUCGUCCGUCAAGACGAUCAGCUGGUGAUACAACGUGCCUCGAGGGUUAAUGCAAGUAUGGUCCUUACAAGCGAGGGUUCUACGUCAAUGUACCGAUCGCUCUCGGGUCAAUUACAGACUCAGCAUUAUUCGAAUGCCUCCGACCUCGACACGCUGUACUGGAUGUCCGACUCGGAUGCAACUAGUGAAGACACCAAAUUUCAGAACUUCAUCUCCACCCUCUCGCGUCUUGAUAUUGAAGCCGCAGCGGACCUGGUCGCCAAGAGAUACAAGGACGUUGAGAAUUUGGCUCGCAAGUAUCAGAAGGAUUCCAGGGCAUACCGCGAGAAGACACAUCGUCUUCAAAGCGAAGCGCACGACAAGAUCGCUUACCGGUCUUUCAAAGAAGGGGAUCUAGCACUUUUCUUACCAACAAGAAAUCAAGCCACAAGACCAUGGGCCGCGUUCAAUGUCGGCGCACCACACUACUUCCUUCGUGAACAGGACAUCCAUAAGCUACAAAGUCGUGACUGGUUACUGGCCCGCAUCAGCAAGGUCGAGGAGAGAGUUGUUGAUUUAUCCAGGUCACUCUCUAAUGGCCAUCACGGCAACAACCUUCCAGCUGGUGUAGAUCGCCGUUCCAUCAAUACAGAAGCAAGUGACCAUGGCUCCACCAAAUCUGUUGAUGACGAAAAUCCAUUCGAAUUAUCCGAUGGUCUACGUUGGUACAUGAUCGACGCCAGCGAAGAGAAACCAGGCACUGCACCAUUCCUCACCCCUGGGCUAGGCAAGAGUACAGUCGCAGCAACAAACAUCGAUGCAAGAGGAAGCAUACGGCUGACCAAGGAAGGGAAGAAAAUCCGAGAUUCGAGCGGAAGCGGUACCGCAGCAAUAGCGACCAAAACUCUCACUAAAAGCCUAGACAGUCGAAGAAGCAGCUCAAACAGCAAAAAGGGUCACGUCAUGAGUCCAAGUACAGCAGCGAACACUGCUGGUGACGGUAACGAGAGCGCAGUCCUCGAAUCAUCGCGCCCGACUUCGUCGUCGAUAAAUCAAAAUCCGAAGCCGCCUCCUGAAGCGGUGAAUCCGUCCGAGUCGGCGGAACAGGCCAGAGAGGAUGCGCCUAUUUUUGAAGUGGGUGCUGUCGAACGUCCUUACAGCCCUCGAAGCCUAUUUAUACCGGGAGCAUCGUCUGGUAAGUUAAGAAGCGGCAAACUCUCCAAUCAGGAGACGGCGAUGUUCAGCCCUUUGAGCAGAGGUACAACUAUUACUCCAGGUGCGAACAGGAGUCCAAACAAGGACCAAGCACAGCGGCAGCAACAGAGACAAAGGCAGCGACAAGCGAGUCCGCAGAAGAAACCCUGGGAUAAGUUGUGGAGUAUGGAGUAUCGAUUUGAGAGUGGAGGAAGUGGGAAUGGCAGUUAG